AUGGAGAACAACCUCAAAAUAAUCUACAAUAAUACCAACAAGGUAUGUCAUGCUAUUCUGUGAUUUGAAACAACCCGUGAGAGAGCGUUCUAUUAGUUCUUUAUAAAGCUACUAACGGCGUUUGAUGUUUUUCUAGUAUCAAUAUGUCUUUACGCACAACCCUAAGCGAUGUCUUUAUAAGUAACAGUGUUGGCUUUCCGAACGAGGCCAAAAUCUGCAAUUUCCACCCCUAUGCGAGACGACGAGUAUCCACACGUCACUUUAGCGGUAUCCUCAUUUAUUUCGCUUUGAAAUUAAUAAUGAAUCAAUGAAUGUCGUAUGUAUUCCCGUUUUCCGAUUGAAUUAAUGGAGACAUGCUUAUUUUUUCAGGGGCUUCUCGCACUAGCUUACGAUUCCGUCGAAGUUCUAAAACGAGCAUUGAACGAACAGCCAUGCUCUUCUAUUAAUGGCACGGCCGUUACUAUGAACGAUACAGCUGAAAUAUUAGCUUGUAUAAGAAAGGUAACCAGUGUUGAAAGGUAUUGGAACGGUAUCAUAUGAAAGUCUGAAUCUAACUCUUUUCCAGAAAUUUUUGCCCGGAUGAAACUGAUUACGACAACUGGAACUUGAAUCUCAUUUAACUCCGGGUGGCAAUUUAUGGAAGCUAUAAUUUUUUAGUUAGGUUAGCAAAAACCCCUUGACUCCAUGGGUUAUCUAGAACUAUGUCAUUUAUUAAAAAGGUAUUUCAAGGUAAGGGAGCUUGACUUCCAAUAAUGAUUUAAAUUUUUCAUUUAUUAACUAGUCUUAUUAUUCAUUCAAAAUACACGAGGAGCCGCAAGCGGUGAUAUUUUUGCACGGCAUCUGGCGGCAUAUCAAAGAAUUUGGAAUUGAAGGGCAAAUUCCUAGAAUAUCUUCGCCAGUUAAGCUAGAGAAAAGUUUUUAAAAAACCUCAGGAUCCAAAACAACACGUCAAUCAAAAUAUCACUUGGACCUUUUCGCUAAUGAAGAGCUAUCACGCGGCUAAGCUUGAAUUAGACAUAUAUUGAAAUAGGAACUCGUGUCAAUAAAGUAUCAGAAGUGAGUGGGAAUCACUUCUGGUUAAAAAACUGGUUCACAGGGAUAUGCAUCUCUUCUAGUUAAGAGAAGGGAAUCAGAACUGCUUUUCAUGCAGGAACAGGUUUUCUUCGGGCUAACUACAAAACUUCAGCUUAUUUCACUCUUGACAUUGUCAAAGCGCAUUUUGUAAAGAUAACUUUUUCCGCUUUAUCAGCUUUUUUUAUAUUCUAUUCCAUUAAUGUUUAACCUCCCUCAAAAAGCCAAAUAAUAUAAACGCUAUUGUUAAAAAAAGCGUUUUACCUGUUUUCGUGACUUCGCAACCCAAAGAUCACUAUCCUCAAAGGACAGGGCAAAAUUUCCAGGAGAGAGGCAUUAAUUUUUUUUCCCACGAGGUUACAAAGAGAAAGUGCAAUGAUUAUUAUUAACGUAACCUUCAGGUAUGUUCUACCCACGAGGUUACAGAGAGCAUGCAAAUGCAGUAACAAUUAUUAGAUUUUAGUGCAACUAUCAGGUUGAGUUCCUCCAUUAAAAGGGGUUUUUGCUAGGGUUAAACAAGUUUGGCUUUCAUGAGUUUCAAGGUGCAAGAAAUUAUCAGUAUAAUUGUAGCACACAAACAUUGUCAUCUAAUUUUUCGCACGUAGCCGGAAUAAGUCAAGAAAUGAAGCAUAUAUAACGAAAAAUCGUCCUCAGAUGAUCUCCAUAGUAAGUAAACUAUACUAAACGUUGCGGAAGAAAUUAUUGUUUGUAUCCGUCUUAUCCAUCGUAAAAGCGAGGGGUCAUCGCUUGACAUCCGGUAUAUUAAACAGAGGUAAUACUCACGGGUUUCACGAGUUGUAUGCACUAUUUUUCGCCGAGUAACAAAUUUAACCUUCAAUUCUUACCUUACGGUAGUCCGUUCUUUUACCUUGCAUUCGACAACAAAGCGAACAAAGCGAUUCCGGCACUCUUCUUUAUGAUGAGUAGCAAGCCGCAGGAACUGAAGCCGCUUGACUGAAGUAAAAUCCACCGAUAUGUACGGCAUUCUCACCACAAAUAUAAACAAACGUCGCGGGGAAAAAAAAAAGACGAGGAGGAAAAAAUGCCAGAUCGUCGCCUCGGCAAUGUAUUCCAGCUACCAUGCCGGCGUAUCUCCAGAAGGUGGACUCGAAGUGGGACAACCUUGUGAUUUUUUUUAGGAGCCCUUUGCCCGCAAACUAAUUUAUUCUGGCGGGAAAUGAAGAUUAAUAUGUAUACUGAAAUCUAAUCCACGACAAGAAGAUUUUCGCACUGUAGCGCGACAUAUUAAAUGCCUAUUUUUACAAGUACGCGGAGAAAGUGGUCCACUAGUUUAACUUUUCUAAGAUGAAUUUACUCCACAAAAGCAAAAUGAAAUGUUUUAUCUCUAUGUUGUUUACGUACCUGAUUAGAAGGCAGAAGUAAAUUCAUCAUUCAGACCCCAUCAAAAUGAAAGUACAGGAAUGAAACGGAAUAAGUCUGAUACGGUUUAGUUUCUACUCAGCAGCUUCUUUGCUUCUAUAACAAAAAUUUAAUGUUGCAGUCUGUUUUAAACGUUGGCAUAGUAACGCGCACAGUCACUGAAUGAAAACAACAGUCACGAUCACGUUCUUCGAAACCGACCAGACGCGCGCGACCUACCACUGUUAUGGUAAGCAGUUAUCCUGAGGGUGUUAAUGUUCCCGUGACAGUCUUCGCACUGAAGGUGUAAAUGGUAAACCGAACGGUCGCUUUGAUCAUCAGAAAGACCUGUCAACUUUGAUGAUUUAAACUGAUUAAAUUACGGGACAGAAGUUUUACUGCAUGCGGCUCCUCGUGUUUCCCCGAUUCUCAUUGGCUAAAAGCACACGCAUAGUUCACCAUAACAAGCUACUGAUGACCAAAUUUGGAGGAAUUUUGCGUUUAAUGAACCGAUGGCGUCAAAAGUGUAGCUUUUUUGCAGCUUGUUCACCGAGAAGACCUGGGGACGAGGUUGAGUUGUUUUGGCUGUGAAAAUAAAAAUGGCGGACAUUUCAUUCCAUUUAAGAGUAAGAACUAGGCGAAAUAAUUGCUUAAAAAACAUGGCAAGAACAGCAAGAAGACAACUCGAAGGGCGACAUCUACUAUUUGGAGAAUAUUUACGGAGCUGAACAACCCUAACGUGCACUAUGCAUAUGGAAGAUGGAUCGAUGGAGGUAAGAAUGUUUUAGCCAUGUUUUUAAACUAGGAAUUAUUUUUAAUGAAUAAUAAAACAUUAUUGAAUUCGGUUUUCGCAUCAUAUGAAGAAUUAUGGAGAUCGAGGAAAGGUGUUAUCCGUCGAGGCCUUAUAACACCCUCCUCGAUCUCCAUAAUUCUUCAUAAGAUACUCAUUAAUUGUUAAUUAACUGCCCGUCCCUCCAUAGCUUUUAGUCUCUUGGCUGUCGUCACUUCUGUGUCUUCACCCAUGACCACUGUGUUUAACAGGUCGAUAUGAGUGGGAGAACAGGAAAAGUCAAGUUUGACGAGAAAGGAGGUAGAAAGGAGGUUAAUCUGGAAAUUCUGAACCUACAAAACAAUUCUUUUAGAGGAGUGAGUAUUCUCCAUUGUUUAACUUCCUUAUAUGGUGUGCUUCUAAUUGCCAGCAAAACUGCUGGCGUACAAUUCAAAGUAUAUCGCGUGUAUUCAAGAUACAGUGUAGGAGAGAAUACAUAUAUCGUGCCUUGAUUAUUGUUUCUUAGAAAACGGAACUUUUAUAGAAUGAAGCUAAGACAUUUAUUUGUUGUUCGGACCCAUAAUCGUAAUAUUUUGUUCCUUUAUAUAAUUUACUUCUGAGUAUAAAGAAACUAACAAUUACGAUUCUAGGCCUAGACACUGACUAGGCCUGGCGAGAGUGUAAGGCUUAAGGUAAUUAUUUUGAAUUCCUGUUUUUCGUAAGAACAGUACAAAACAUAUUUGUAUAGAACAUCUUUACCCAGUACAGUAUUUGCGUGUCUAAGAGUUAUUUAUUAUAUGAACUAGCAUUAUUGAAUGAUCAUAAUGAUUAAACUCCAUUCUCGCUCGUAGGUAGGUACGUGGAAUUCAACCACAGGUGUUACGAUGUUUGGAAAUAUUUCACGUAACUCAAAACCUUCAUCUACUGCAGAAACUUUGGAAGGGAAAAAGUUGAGAGUUGUCAUAGUGGAGGUAAAGAAGCCUUUAAUUAAGACUGUGAUUGCGAGAUUAGCUAUGGGUACAAAAAAUGAAAAAUAUAACACAGCAAAUUCGAAGCAAAUGCUAAAGGCCUGGGCGGGGUAUUAACUUGUAAGUCCUUGAGUAGAGGUAUGUUUAGUAAAAUGUUAUGAAGCCGGGCGUUAAUUAAUAUAAAUUGGUGUUUCUAUUUCUCUUUCUUCUCCAACACAGAAUGAACCUUUUGUUAUGAAGAAACAGGAUGGUGACAGCGUAUGGUAUGAAGGAUAUUGCAUCGAUCUUUUCAAAGAACUGGCAAAAAUUCUCAAGUUUACAUAUGAGUUCUACCCUACGCCUGACGGAUAUUAUGGCGCUAAAACGGAAAAUGGAACAUGGAACGGAUUGAUUGGAGAGCUAAUAGAAAAGGUAUAUAACUAUGUUUAUGAAAAUUUAUACCCAAAAACUUGUGACUUUAAGGUUGAGACUUCAGAAACGAGCACUAGAAGACCCUUGCAGGGGGGGGGAGGUACUUGGGUUAAUUUUUGCUGGGUAUGUGCCGCUGGCGUCUCAUUAUAGUCUGAUUUUCAAGAUUCAGACUUUUUUACAUUUAUUGCACUAUUUCAAGAGUUAACUAUGAAAAAAAAUAACAAUACAUUACAAAUUGUAAAAAAAGGCCAUUAAAUCAGUACGUAAAUCAUCAAAGUCUAUUCUGUGGUCAUAUUAUAGACCCCAUUUAAGUCACUUUAGGAAAAAAACGAAUUUUCGCCAUCCCAGCUUAGUUAUUUUCUGUUUAUGCAUCUACCUUAUAAGGCCUUUUCACUAGGUCAUUCUGACAUGAACUGACACAUUUGUUAAACUUACUGUGGUGUAAAUCUUUCUAUUUUUAAAUCCCUACUAACCAAGAGAAGAUAAAGGGGACAGAGAAGGCAUCCCCCAUACACACCCUAUUCCAUAGGUAAUUCGUCUCGAGUUAUUUUUAGAAUCGGGAUAAAGUUACCUCGCGCGCUGCGUGGAUGUUUCGUAGAGGUUUCGCAUGACUAAACGCCGUGCAAAACAUGUCGGGCGAAAGGCAAUGAAAGCGUAAAGAGAUCGAGAGCAUUUCUGAAUAUUGAAGCGAAAUGAGUCGGCGCUCACUUGGGAAAAGGGAAUCGCUGGACUCUUUGACAACCUGUGAAAUCAGUUUACUCGAAGUUGUCGUAACCUCAUUGCUUUAACAAAAUGAGAAAUUUCGCCGGUCUAUUGAAACCGGUCGCUUGUACAAUAAAGCAAUUAGGACCCCAAGUGUUAUUUUUGUUGAAUAAUAAAAGACUAAUAAAAGAAUAAAUAUCAAACCAGACGUUGCGCUCUUCGAACUGUAAAAUAUAAAUGAUCCUGAGAGAAUAUUCAGUGUGUUAAGGAUUUCCCUGCUGUACUGUUAGGUCUCUACAAGAGAGGAAGGGCGAUUCUUUUUUAAUUUCCGUUUGGCUGACACAGCUUUAGCAGAAAUCUCUCUGUAGUCGUUUUUGUCGACAAAACGAAUAGCAAUAUCGCUGUUCGUGUCUUCCGCCAUUUUGCUGUGCGUCAAUUCGUGAAGGACUCGUGGCUCUGAGCGUGGGUCAUCCACGCGGAACACAUUCGCGCUAUGUGAUUGGCUGUUGUCUAAUCCCCCUUGGGAUCUGUGGUCCUAAAAACAACUCGAGACAAAUUACCUAUUGAAUAGGGUGUUUAUGGGGGAUGCCUUCUCUGUGCCCUUUAUCCUCUCUUGCUGCUAACCUAAAUGUUCUGACCCCCAAAAUCCUGAGACUGCGCGACCCCAUUCUCAGUAAAACUUAUAAAAAUGCAACCUCAUAAUAGUCAAUCCAUUCGUGAAAAUGCAACCCCAUCCAGCGGUCCAUACCCAUUAGCCUAGUACUAGGAAGUACCCCCUUUCCCCCAAAGUAGACGACCUAGUCCGCUGUACCGAAAGCGAUUACAGUUGAAUCUCUCGUACGCGGGCACCCUCGGGACGCGAAAAGGUUUCCGCAACUGGAGCUGGCCGCUUACGGGAAUGUAUAAAUACAGAGUUUUAUGAGAGUUGAGAAAAAUGGAGUUUUGUCAAGGUGGCCGUUAGUAGAGCUGUCCGCUUACGAGAGUGUCCUCUUGGGAGAGCUUCAAGUACUAUACUUACAAAACACGGAAAUAACAACAACUGAGCUCCAUGACUGCUAGUUUGGAAUUCAAAGACAUACAUACAUACUUUGGUUGACAACGAUUUUUUGGGGUGUGAAAGAUGAAUUUUACAAAAUUAAGCUUGGAAGUCCAAUAUGCUGGCGUGACCCACUGCCCUCUAAGGGAGGUAGAGGCGUGGCCGGAGGUGAUGAGCUUCGGCUUACCUUCGUAACAAUAUUCUCAUAAACAGGACUUGCCUCUUUUUUUCUCCUUAGAGAGCUGAUGUAAUCGUAGCUUCACUAACUGUCACCGAACUUAGGGCGAAGGUGGUGGACUUCACUGUCCCAUUCAUGUUUUACACUAAUGAUAUUUUAAUGAAGAAAUCUUCAAAGGAAAACCAUGAUUUGCUGCAGUUCAUGAGCCCAUUUCACAGUAACGUUUGGUUCUGCACUUUGAGCUCGCUGGUUAUAGUUUCUGUGGCCGUGUUUGGAAUAAACUACUACAGUCCUUAUGGGUACAAAGACGAAAGUGGCCGUAGAACCUCGGAUGAAUUCAGCUAUUUCAAUAGUCUGUGGUUUGCUGUGGCCUCUAUGCUGCAACAAGGCGGUGAUAACACGCCACGAAGCUUAUCAGGUUUUUCCUUCUUCUCGUUCUUGUUGUUAAUUACUUUAAAGUUAAGUUAACUUAACCCACGGAAAAUAUGCAAAAUAUAAAAUCUAAGGAUAAUGAAAAGUACCAAGUUUCUUUGUUGACGGCUUUCAAUUGUCCUAAAAGCUGGAAAGUGUUUAAUUUAAUUAACUAUAUGACAAUCAACAUUCCCAACAAUACUUGCAGUGCUGUGAAGAAAAGGCAUUACUUCCUGCUGCCAUGUACUGCGAUCUUAAGCAACUGAGAAGGGCAAAAAGCAGAAUUUAAAAGCAUUGACCUUCCGCUUCGUCUGUUUUGUAGUGCUGGUUCAACAAUAUAUAUUUUUCUUUUUUUACUGUUCCUUUUACCUCAGGCCGAAUUCUGACCGGAUGUUACUGGUUUUGUAUUUUGAUCUGGAUCUCAACGUACACUGCCAAUCUGGCCGCCUUCUUUACGGUGAAAUACGCGGAGCACCCUAUUAACAACCUGGAAGACCUGGCAAAGUCAAAUUAUGAAACUGGAGUCAUUCAUUCAGGAGCAACUUACCAGGCUUUUAAAGAAAGCCAAUACGAAACACACAAAAAGAUUUGGCAUAGGAUGAAGGUUGCCAAUACCUUCCCCCCCAGCAUAGCUGAAGGUGUUCAAUGGGUCAGGGAACGGGAAAGAUUUGUUUUUAUUUCUGAAGGACCCACUCUUAGGCAUGCGGCUAAGGAGCCACCUUGUAACCUAAAAUCAGGUAAUUAUUCCACAAUCGUGGAAAAAUAG